AUGCAUCCAUGGAAAAUUCAGCAUCAUAUCUUCUGGUGCAUCUUGAGUGGGUACCUUUGGGCAUACGUGCUGCUAUGUCAUGGUCUGGUGUAUACUGAAGAACAGUCCCUCAGUGAGAUUGAACGAUUUCAAAAAUCGAGAUCUUCAAGCCAAGUCGAAGACUAUGUUACAUGCGAGGACUUGGAUGGUGUUGGAUCAUUCAAUACCACUUGUUUCCUCAAUUCAAACAUAUAUACAACUUCUGAUAUUUACGUACGCGGUGCUGGAAAUCUGGAGAUAAAUUCAAAUGUCGAAAUCAUUUGUCCAAUCGAAGGCUGCACGAUAAGUUUCAAUUUAUCGGGCAAUGCCAAAAUUGGUCGUAACACAACAAUAGUUGCCGGAACUAUCGUAUUUUCUGCUGCAAAUCUGACUUUGGAAUAUGAUGCUUCUCUGAAUGCAUCAUCAUUGGGUGGAGAUCCACCGUCUCAGACGAGUGGGACACCUGUCGGUUACGAUGGGGCUGGUGGUGGACAUGGUGGCCGUGGUGCGUCGUGUUUGAAAACUAAUGUCACGAAUUAUUGGGGUGGUGAUGUUUAUGGAUGGUCUACUUUGUCUCAUCCUUGGGGUUAUGGUAGUAAAGGUGGGGGCACAUCGGAUGAUCAUAAAUUCGGUGGAAAUGGCGGUGGCCGAGUGUUGCUUGAUGUAAAAGAUCUUCUCUAUGUAAAUGGAUCUGUUACUGCUGAAGGCGGAGAUGGAGGAUAUUUGGGAGGUGGUGGGUCGGGCGGGAGUAUCAUCUUACAUGCUCAAAAGCUAAGGGGCUUUGGCAUUGUAAGUGCAGCUGGCGGCAGGGGAUGGGGUGGAGGUGGAGGAGGAAGGAUAUCUUUAAACUGUUAUAGCAGACAAGAAGAUGUGGAAGUCACAGCUCACGGUGGAUGGAGUAAUGGCUGUUCAUGGAAUGCAGGAGCUGCUGGAACUUACUUCGAUGCAUAUGUACUGAGUUUACGAGUUGACAAUAAUAAUAUCACAACUGAAACCGAAACUCCUUUACUGGAUUUUUCAACUAGUCCGUUGUGGACAAAUGUUUAUGUGGAAAACAAUGCAAAAGUUCUAGUUCCACUGUAUUGGACAAGAGUUCAGGUGAGAGGUCAGAUAAGCUUGUAUAGUCGAAGCAGCAUCGUUUUUGGGUUGUCUGAAUUUCCAGUUUCGGAAUUUGAACUUGUUGCUGAGGAACUUCUGAUGAGUGAUUCGAUUAUUCAGGUUUAUGGAGCAUUUAGAGUAUCUGUGAAAAUGUUGCUCAUGUUGAAUUCCCAAAUCCAAAUUAACAGUGGAGGAUAUGCCGAGGUUGCUACAUCUAUCCUCGAAAUCCGGAAUCUUCUUGUUCUUAAGGACAGCUCUGUUAUCAGUUCCAACGCAAACUUAGCUCUAUUUGGGCAAGGGCUUUUAGAGCUAACUGGUGAGGGUGAUGCAAUCAAAGGCCAGAGACUUUCAUUGUCAUUAUUUUAUAAUAUCACUGUUGGCCCCGGCUCAUUACUUCAGGCUCCCUUGGAUGAUGAGGACAGUCGAAGCUUGGUGACUAAAUCGCUUUGUGAGAGUCCAAAUUGCCCAAUGGAUCUGAUUACUCCACCCGAUGAUUGUCAUGUUAAUUAUACACUGUCCUUCUCUAUGCAAGUUUGUCGUGUGGAGGAUAUUCUGGUUAAUGGAGUUAUUAAGGGAAGUAUUGUUCAUAUCCACAGGGCACGAACAGUCAUUGUAGACACUGAUGGCAUGAUAACUGCAGCAGAACUAGGUUGCAAAACUGGUGUCGGUAAGGGAAAUUACUCACAUGGAGCUGGUGCUGGGGCCGGACAUGGAGGGAGAGGAGGAUCGGGAUUUUACAAUGGGAUUAUGAGUGAAGGUGGUAAAAAAUACGGGAGUGCUGAUCUCCCUUGUGAGUUGGGUAGUGGCACUGAAGGUCCUAAUCCAUCUGAUGGGUAUGUGGCUGGUGGUGGAAUUAUAGUGAUUGGAUCCAAAUUGUGGCCACUUCUAAGGCUGGAUAAUUAUGGAUUGAUCAGUGCCGAUGGCGAAAGUUACCACAAGCCAACUCGUAAUAGGAAUAGUAGUCUCGUAGGUGGACUUGGUGGAGGUUCGGGAGGAACUAUCCUUCUCUUUCUUCAAUCCCUUGCACUUGCUGAGAACUCGUCUAUAUCUGUUGUUGGGGGCAUUGGUGGAUGUUUCGGGGGUGGGGGUGGUGGGGGUGGUAGAGUUCAUUUUCAUUGGUCAAAGAUUAAUGCUGGAGAAGAAUAUGUUCCACUUGCAUUUGUUAAUGGAGACAUAAACUUCAGUGGAGGCACUGGUGGCGGAGAUGGUCUUCGUGGAGAGAAAGGCACGAUUACUGGAAAACGGUGCCCCAAAGGCCUGUAUGGUACAUUUUGUACAGAAUGCCCUGUCAGUACAUAUAAAGAUGCCGAAGGAUCUGAUCCUAAUCUUUGCAAACCUUGUUCACUUGAUCGACUUCCUACUCGUGCUCAGUUUAUCUAUGUUCGAGGUGGAGUCACACAUUCUUCUUGCCCUUAUAAAUGUAUAUCCGACAAAUAUCGAAUGCCUAAAUGCUAUACACCUUUUGAGGAGCUGAUAUACACGUUCGGUGGCCCCUGGCCUUUUGUAUUUCUAUUAUUAUGUAUCGACUUGAUUUUAGCAGUAGCUCUGAGUACAGUUAGAAUUAAAAUAAUCGGCUCGGGAUUCUCAUACAAUAGGGCCGAUUCAAUCGAUCAUCAUAAUAGUGAUCAACGCUUUCCUCAUCUUCUUUCCUUAUCUGAGGUUCGAGGCGCCAAAGCAGAAGAAACUCAGAGUCAUGUUUAUAGGAUGUAUUUUAUGGGUCCGAAUACAUUUAGAGAACCUUGGCAUCUCCCUUACUCACCUCCUUCUGCAAUACUAGAGAUAGUGUAUGAAGAUGCUUUUAACCGGUUCAUUGAUGAAAUAAACUCUGUUGCGGCAUAUGAAUGGUGGGAAGGAUCUGUACAUAGCAUACUUUCGGUCCUCGCUUAUCCUUGUGCCUGGUCAUGGAAACAAUGGCGUAGGAGAAAAAAAGUUCAUCGGCUUCAAGAGUUUGUCAAAUCCGAAUAUGACCAUUCUUGCCUUCGUUCUUGUCGAUCACGAGCUCUAUACAAAGGAUUAAAGGUUGGGGCAACACCUGAUUUGAUGGUUUCGUACAUUGAUUUUUUCCUUGGCGGUGAUGAGAAGCGUGUAGAUAUGGUGGCCAGUAUACAGAAGAGAUUUCCCAUGCGAAUCAUUUUCGGUGGAGAUGGAAGUUACAUGUCUCCUUAUAAUCUGUACAGCGACACAUUAUUAUCGAAUCUCAUUGCACAGCAUGUACCUGCAACAGUUUGGAAUCGUUUAGUGGCUGGUUUAAAUGCCCAGCUGAGGACAGUUAGGCAUGGAAUUAUCCGUAAAGCCCUUUGUCCUGUUAUCAAUUGGCUGGCUACUCAUGCGAAUCCACAACUCGAUUUUCAUGGGGUUAAAAUCGAGCUCGGCUGGUUCCAAGCUACAUCAAGUGGUUAUUAUCAACUGGGUAUUUUAGUGAUUGCUGGAAGCUCUACUCUUCAUGAUCUUCAUCAGUCCGAAUAUUGGGAUAACAGUGAUAUAUCAUCCAGGAACCUCGGUGUGGCAGCAAAUAACAGUUUGGUUUACACGAAUCAUAUACAAUCCCGUAAAAAGAUUACAAGGGGCUUCAAUGGUGGUAUAAUAAACGAGACUACAUUAAAGUCACUACGCUGUAAACGGGACUUUCUUUUCCCAUUUUCUCUUUCGUUGCUCAACACACGUCCAGUUGGCAGACAGGAUACUAUACAGCUGUUGAUUACUAUCAUGCUCGUGGCUGAUCUUUUUGUCACUCUUCUUAUGCUUUUUAUGUUUUACUGGAUAUCUCUCGGAGCUUUCCUUGCUGUACUCCUUAUCCUCCCUCUAUCCUUGCUGUCACCUUCCUUGGCAGGCUUGAAUGCCUUGUUUACGAAUGGUCCUAGAAGUGCCCCACUUUUUCGAGUUUACGCCUUGUGGAAUGCUAGCUCGAUCUCAAACAUUGUGGUUGCAUUUGUCUGUGGCUUGAUCCAUUAUGUGAUUUCCUCUGUGAUUUCUCCAGAAGAGGCAAAGAUAUGGCAUUCAAGGGAAGAUGACAAAUGGUGGGUUUUGCCUACAAUUCUGCUUUUAUUCAAGGCGGUUCAGGCUCGACUGGUCGAUUGGAACAUUGCAAAUUUAGAAGUCAAAGACUUCUCUCUUUUCAGUCCUGAUCCUGAUACUUUCUGGGCAUAUGAGCCUCUCUCUUAA